AUGGAUAUUACCAUUCAGCAUCCCUGGUUCAAACGAGCUCUUGGUCCCUUAAUUCCAAGCCGUUUGUUUGACCAGUUUUUUGGAGAAGGUCUUUUUGAGUAUGAUCUCCUGCCUUUGUUUUCCUCUACCAUCAGCCCUUACUACAGGCAAUCUCUCUUCCGCACUGUUCUGGAGUCAGGAGUUUCUGAGGUGAGGUCUGACCGGGACAAGUUUACAAUCUUUCUGGAUGUAAAACAUUUCUCCCCUGAAGAUUUGAGUGUGAAGGUCAUCGAUGACUUUGUGGAAAUCCAUGGCAAACACAAUGAGAGACAGGAUGACCAUGGGUACAUUUCCCGUGAAUUCCACCGCAGGUACCGCCUCCCUUCCAAUGUGGACCAGUCGGCCAUCACCUGCUCUCUGUCUGCUGAUGGCAUGCUGACCUUCGCUGCCCCCAAGGUCCAGUCCAGCACUGACCCCAGCCACAGUGAGAGACCUAUUCCUGUAUCCCGUGAAGAGAAGCCAACCUCGGCUCCUUCUUCCUAG